AUGUCCUCUUCUCUCUCCACCCCUUUCCUCCACCAUUCUUCAACUCUUCGCCAUGGAACCAACCCUUUCCCUCACGCCACUUCCACUCCCAAACCCCGAUGCUUCAAGCCUUUCUCCGCGAAGUGCUCUCUCGACAACAUCCCCAAGCAGUUCAGACAGGAAAAUCUCAAAGAUGGAUUGAUGGACAACUACAAGAAUGUUCCUCAGUUUCUAUAUGGUCUUACUCCCUCACAAAUGAACAUGUUCAUGGCUGCAGACAAUCCUACACACAAGAUGUCUCAAAGAGUUACAGAGGAUAGCAUUUCAUCUGCCAAAAGUUAUUUGGAUCAUAGUGGAAUGGGUAGUGUAUCUAGCAUGGACAAUAAUGCCUCUUCAAGGAUCAGCAUGAGUGUAAGUAUGUAUAGAGGAGGUGGUAGGGGAAUGGGAAGACCUAGGAGGUCUCCACCGGAUUUGCCUUCUUUUCUCUUGGAUGCUCGAAUAUGUUAUUUGGGUAUGCCGAUUGUGCCAGCUGUGACAGAACUUAUUCUGGCUCAACUUAUGUGGUUGGAUUAUGAUAACCCAGAGAAACCUGUUCACUUAUAUAUUAACUCGUCUGGGACUCAGGAUGAGAAUAAUGAGACUGUGGGAUCAGAAACGGAUGCUUAUUCCAUAGCUGAUAUGCUUUCUUUUGUUAAAUGUGAUAUCUAUACUGUCAAUUUGGCCAUGGCUUUUGGCCAAGCUGCAAUGCUUAUGUCUUUGGGAAAAAAGGGUUAUCGUGCUGUCUUGCCACAUUCAUCAACAAAAUUAUUUCUCCCAAAAAUCCACAAAUCAAGUGGUUCUGUCACAGAUAUGUGGAUUAAGGCUAAAGAGCUGGAUGCAAAUUGUGAGUAUUACAUUGAGCUGUUGGCAAAAGGAACAGGGAAACCAAAGGAAGAAAUUGUCAAAGACAUCCAGUUGACUAGAUAUUUCCAAGCUCAAGAUGCCAUAGACUAUGGAGUUGCUGACAAAAUAUUGAACUCGGGAGAAGCUUCAUAUGAGAAGCGGAAUUAUAAUGAAUUGCGUGCUGCAAGAGCACUUAAUAGAGGUGGCCGGAACCCUCAAGCUGCUUCUUCGGGACUUUAG